AUGAAGCUAUCAUCAAUUGCCAUUUUCUCGGUCGCCUCCUCUACCCUGGCAACUGCCUACGUCCUCAGAUGGGGUGCCCUGAUCAAUCCCAUCAAGGAUGCCAUUAUUUCGGGUGUGAUUAAUGGUCGACACCAAGAUAUCCCCGAGGCACAGGCAAGCUCGGAAAUUAAUGAAUUUGUUCCUCUCAUCAUGAAUGAUGACCUGCUUCCUCUGUUCGACAAUGCCGUUGAUAUUCUUCUUUCUCCCACAUUUGAACAGAAGUUCCCUGACUGGAUCAGCAGUGUUAUUGCUGCCCUCGAAAAAUAUGAGCAAAGCCCCGACUUCACCUCUGCUACUUCACUUCUCUCAGAGUAUCUGCCGCAUUACGAUUACCACGAAGCAGUAAACCAGGCCAGUAUUACGCUAGCGAAGUCGGCCGACGGUUGGAACAUCCUGAAGGCUGCGGUGCUUUCUAUCUCAACCAACCCCGCCGCAUCCAAGGCCAUUGAUGAUGGACUCUUUGCUGUCACUGGUUUGAUCUGUACGCUCCAGCUUACUGAUGGAUCUGUUUGCGACCCAUACAAGACCGAGGAUCCUGUUGUUCCUGCUUCAACCAGCGAGCCUGCUGUUUCUACUUCGAGCAGCGAGCCUGCUGUUUCUACUCCGAGCAGCGAACUUGUUGUUUCUACUCCGACCAUCGAGUCUGAAGUCCCAGUUUCGACCAGUGAGCCCGUUGUGCCCGCGUCGACCAGCGAGUCUAAUGCCCCCGUGGUGUCCUCUAAGGAUGUUACUCCUGUCGAGUCCCCUACACCCAUUACGACUACCAAGUCUGAAGACAACGUUGCAUCGGGACUUGCCCCCGAAGAGCCCAUUACUCCCAUUGGGUCGUCUAAGCCCGUUACUACUGUCAAGUCUGAAGAUCCCGUUGCAUCUGGACUUGCCUCCGAAGAACCUAUUACUGCCGAGUCCCCCCUGUCUAGUGCCUCUGGUCUGGCUUCCGGGGAGGCUUCUGUAUCUUCUGACACACCUGUCUCUGCAAGCGCUAACACUGACGAUACUAGCCCUCAGACCUCUGGUGUCUCCUCUUCCGGUACUCCGGAGACUGUCGCUCCCACCUCUGCACCUUCUUCAGCGUCCAUCUCUAGUGCUGCUGGUGUUACGAACGGCACUGUUUUUGGGUCCUCUGAGCCGCCUACUCCCACAGUGACUAAUAAUACCAACAGCAGUGUAGAGAGUCCUGCUACCGCUCUUGUUAACUCUAGCCUCACAUUGACCGUGACUCAAUGUGACACCGAGGGACGGUGCAUAACACCCACUCUGACAAUCGUUACAGUUGUUCCCAAGAACGCCCCUUCCACUGUUAUCAAGACUGUUUGUCCUAAGUGCGAGGGGAAGACCGUGGAAAUCACCGUUCCUUGUGCUCGUGAGACCACUGACGCUUCACAGGACGAGAAGUCUUCCAAGCCUGACAAGGCGGACAAAUCUGACAAGGCGGACAAGUCUGACAAGGCGGGCGAAUCUGACAAGACAACGAAGACUGAGAAGACAGACAAAACCGGGAAGACAGAGGAGACAGAAGAGGCUGAGAAGGCCGAUAAGACCCAUGAGUCUGGUUCUUCUGAUAUGACUGACAAGACUGAGAAAACUGACAAGACUGAGAAAACUGACAAGACUGAGAAAACUGACAAGACCAAGAAAACUGACAAGACUGACAACUCUGAAACCCCUAAGAAGUCUGAAACCCCUAAGAAGUCUGAUAACGAUAGCUCUCCAAACAAGCCCGGAUCAUCAAACGACUCAUCCAACAAGCCCACCAACACCGGCGCUGCUGAUAAGCCUUCAAACGGAGGAUCUGCUGAGCCCAAGCCAGUUGCCCAGGCCAACUCAGGCUCAAAGUUGGUCAUCUCGGUCGGCGCACUACUUGCUGGAAUUCUGGCUCUCGUUGCUUUAUCGUAG